UAACGCAGCCAACAUAGGUAAAACGCCCUAUAACGGUAUAUCCCCAGUACAAAAACUCACUCAAACCUCUCUCAGCUACCCCCCAAAGAGCUUCGGAGAACCUCUAGCCCACUCAGCUAUCCCUUGUCGGCUCGCCCUCGAUUGAACCAACCAGUUUCUUUCGUUUUUGAAGUGAAAGUACAUUGGUACUGUCUCGCUGAGAGCUUGCAAAUAGCCAAUUCUUUCGUCAGUGGGGCCCUUAUAAACAGUCAAAAUGUCGCGGAAAGGUUUGAUGGAGCAAGACCUGAGCAAACUGGAUGUAAUGAAACUAAAUCCACUCUCACCCGAGGUUAUAUCUCGCCAGGCUACAAUCAAUAUUGGCACUAUAGGUCACGUGGCACAUGGGAAGUCCACAGUUGUAAAAGCGAUAUCUGGUGUUCAGACUGUUCGUUUCAAAAAUGAGUUGGAGCGCAACAUUACCAUCAAGCUUGGUUAUGCUAAUGCAAAGAUCUACAAAUGCGAAGAUGAGCGGUGCCCUCGACCUAUGUGCUACAAGGCUUAUGGAAGUGGGAAGGAAGAUAGUCCUCUGUGCGACGUGCCAGGGUUUGAAAACAGCAGAAUGAAAUUGCUGAGACACGUCUCCUUUGUAGAUUGCCCAGGUCACGAUAUCCUCAUGGCUACGAUGCUCAAUGGAGCUGCAAUUAUGGAUGGAGCUCUACUUCUAAUAGCAGCCAAUGAAAGCUGCCCUCAACCCCAAACUUCCGAACACCUGGCUGCUGUCGAAAUUAUGCGCCUCCAACAUAUAAUCAUCCUUCAAAAUAAAGUAGACUUAAUUCAGGAGAAUGUAGCCAUCAACCAGCAUGAGGCGAUCCGGAAGUUUAUUCAGGGGACUGUUGCUGAUGGAGCACCUGUGGUGCCAAUUUCUGCACAGCUGAAGUAUAAUAUUGAUGUUGUGUGCGAGUAUAUUGUGAAAAAGAUCCCCAUUCCAGAAAGGAACUUUGUGUCGCCUCCAAAUAUGAUUGUAAUCCGGUCUUUUGAUGUCAAUAAGCCUGGUUUUGAGGUUGAUGAGAUAAGAGGUGGCGUGGCUGGUGGAAGUAUUCUCAGGGGUGUUUUGAAGGUAAAUCAAUUUAUUGAGGUUCGCCCUGGGAUUGUUGUUAAAGAUGAGAGUGGGAACAUGAGGUGCACACCAAUAUAUUCCAGAAUAGUUUCAUUGUAUGCUGAGCAAAAUGAGCUGCAAUUUGCUGUACCUGGAGGUCUCAUUGGGGUUGGCACGACAAUGGAUCCCACAUUAACACGUGCUGAUAGGUUGGUGGGUCAAGUUCUUGGUGAAGUUGGAUCACUCCCAGAAGUUUUUGUUGAGCUUGAGGUGAACUUUUUCUUGCUGCGGCGGCUUCUAGGUGUCAGGACUAAGGGCACAGAGAGACAGGGAAAGGUCUCUAAGUUAAUCAAGCAAGAGAUUUUAAUGUUGAACAUAGGAUCUAUGUCUACAGGGGCUAAAGUCCUUGCUGUAAAAAAUGAUCUGGCAAAGUUGCAACUCACAUCUCCAGUGUGCACCAGCAGAGGGGAGAAGAUUGCCCUUAGUCGACGAGUUGAGAAGCAUUGGCGUCUUAUUGGUUGGGGUCAGAUUCAAGCUGGAACUACCCUUGACGUCCCACCCUGCCCAAUUUGAGUUAAAUCCCUAAACAGGUAGACAGAAGAAGAACCAGUUAAACCGUUAAAAGGGAAUUAAGGAACAAUGUGGGAAGAUAGACAAUUGUUGGGAACCAUUUUUGUCAGGUGGAGAAGAAAACAUUGUUUGCAUUGUCAUUAUUUGCUCUGUUUAUUCUCUUUUGGGAUUGUGUUUUGUUGUGCUGACCACUGUUUUUUCUUUUUUUAGCUUUGGAGUAGAGUCAUUUUAAUUUUUGAGGCUGUUUCUUAUAGGUUUCCCCUGUUCUGUUCAAUGUUUUGCUUCUCCUUGCUGUUUGCAAAUUUGAGCCUCAUUGGUGAGCAAAUGGUUGGCCUCAA